GCGAGCAUACGAAGAUGGUGGAAGUUUCUUCUUCCGUGAAGUGAAACCCGGACUGAAACCUAAACAUCCUGUUGACCCAGGGCUGGGAGUUGAUUUCUGCUUCACCAGCUUUGUUAAACAGCUUCUCUUGUGAUCAGGGCCUUCAUCCCAGCCCUAUGUCAUGGCCAGUGGCGUCACCAAGCCGGGCACUUCCAAUGGACACCCUAUGAAGGCACAGCUGCAAAUCAUUGUGUUAUCGGCGAAGCUGAAAGAGAACAAGAAAAACUGGUUUGGUCCCAGUCCUUAUGUGGAAGUGACAGUCGAAGGCCAAUCCAAGAAGACCGAGAAAUGCAACAACACCCACAGCCCCAAAUGGAAGCAGCCGCUCACUGUGAUUGUGACUCCAUUCAGCAAACUGUCAUUUCGCGUGUGGAGCCACCAGACCCUGAAGUCAGACGUGUUGCUGGGCAUGGCCACACUGGACAUCAGUGACACGCUCCAAGCUAAUGACAUGAAAAUCGCGGAGGUGGUGCAGACCUUACAGCUGUGUGCAGACAGAGAGCAGUCAGACGUGGUGGGAGACCUGUCCGUCUGCUUGGACGGCAUGACUGUUGACCCAGAGAUGUUUGCCUUGGCGAAGGCUGACCAUCACAGUUCAUCAAACGGAGAAUCACAGCCAAAUGGCGAUCAUGCCUUAAGGCGAAGUCGAGACAGCUCUCCAGCUCUGGGUAGUGUUGAGCACAGGUCUUCUCCCAGUGGUCGGAGGUCAGUGAGCGCCUCAGGCUCUCCCCUGGUGUCAUCAGGGGGCUCAAAGCCUCUCCGGCCACCCAGGCCCUCCAGACCUCCUCCUCCAACCCCCCGCAGACCCAACUCCUCACCAGCGUCUUCUAGCAACGGAUCCACACCAGCUGAUGGCAGUGAUGUUCAGUCAGGUUCAGACACACCAGUACGAACAUCGGCCUCAGCACCUGCAUCAACGCCGGACUCGAGUCCAUCCGCAAGCGCAGACAGGAACUCCACACCUGCCUCCAGCUCUGGAGCAGCAGCAGCAGCAGCAGCAACAGCAACAGCAGCAGCAACGAGACAGCCAACCAUCACACCUGUGGUCCCCUCCAGGGUCCCCGCUGCCAACACUGGCCCGUUACCUCCUGGAUGGGAGCAGAGGGUGGAUCACAAUGGCAGGAUGUAUUUUGUCGAUCAUGUGGAAAAGAGGACAACGUGGGAACGCCCUGAACCAUUGCCCCCUGGCUGGGAACGUCGCGUCGACCAGAUGGGGCGCGUCUACUUUGUUGACCACAUCACACGCACCACCACGUGGCAGCGCCCUACGAUGGAGACGGUGCGUAACUACGAGCAGUGGCAGCACCAGCGCAGCCAGCUGCAGGGCGCCAUGCAGCAGUUCAACCAGAGGUUCAUAUUUGGGCUACAGGACCAAGUGUCAGCCAAUCAGAAUAAGGAGUAUGAUCCCCUCGGGCCUCUGCCACAUGGAUGGGAGAAGAGAACAGACAGCAAUGGCAGAGUUUAUUUUGUGCAUCACCCCACACGGUCAACGCAGUGGGAGGACCCGCGAACACAGGGGUUGCUCAAUGAGAAGCCACUUCCGGAGGGCUGGGAGAUGAGGUUCACAGUCGAUGGAAUUCCCUACUUCGUCGAUCACAAUAGGAGAACGACCACAUACAUUGACCCGCGCACCGGAAAGUCCUCGCUGGAAAACGGACCUCAGAUCACCUAUGUUCGGGACUUUAAAGCCAAAGUUCAGUACUUCAGAUUCUGGUGUCAGCAACUGUCGAUGCCUCAGCACAUCAAGAUCACUGUGACCAGAAAAACCCUGUUUGAGGACUCGUUCCAGCAGAUAAUGAGCUUCAAUGCUCAAGAUCUGCGAAGGAGGCUAUGGAUCAUCUUCCCUGGAGAAGAAGGCCUUGAUUAUGGAGGCGUUGCCAGGGAGUGGUUCUUCCUGUUGUCCCAUGAGGUCUUGAACCCCAUGUACUGCCUGUUCGAAUAUGCCGGCAAAGAUAACUACUGUCUCCAGAUCAACCCCGCCUCCUACAUCAACCCCGACCACCUCAAGUAUUUCAAAUUCAUAGGACGCUUCAUCGCAAUGGCUCUUUUCCAUGGCAAGUUCAUCGACACUGGUUUCUCACUGCCAUUUUACAAACGCAUCCUAAACAAGCCGUUGGCCCUCAAAGACCUGGAGUCGAUUGACCCGGAGUUUUACAACUCUCUCAUCUGGAUCAAGGACAACGACAUCGAGGAGUGCGGGCUGGAGAUGUUCUUCUCCGUCGACAAAGAGAUCCUCGGAGAGAUCACCACACAUGAGCUGAAAGAAGGAGGUGGAGACAUCCAGGUCACUGAGGAGAACAAGGAGGAGUACAUCAGGCUGGUAGCAGAGUGGAGACUGUCCCGAGGAGUGGAGGAGCAGACGCAGGCGUUCUUUGAAGGCUUCAACGAGGUCCUGCCUCAGCAGUACCUGCAGUAUUUUGACGCUAAAGAGCUGGAGGUCAUGCUGUGUGGCAUGCAGGAGAUCGACCUCGCAGACUGGCAGAGAAACACCAUCUACAGACACUACGCUCGCAGCAGCAAACAGAUCGUCUGGUUCUGGCAGUUCAUAAAGGAGAUGGACAAUGAGAAGAGGAUGAGGCUGCUGCAGUUUGUCACUGGCACCUGUCGCCUGCCUGUAGGAGGCUUCGCCGACCUAAUGGGAAGCAACGGUCCUCAGAAGUUCUGCAUAGAGAAGGUGGGAAAGGAAAACUGGCUUCCUAGAAGUCACACUUGCUUUAACAGACUGGAUUUGCCGCCCUACAAAAGCUACGAACAGCUGAAGGAGAAGCUGAUGUUUGCCAUCGAGGAGACGGAGGGUUUCGGACAGGAGUGAGAGAAGCCACAGGUUUAUUAGUGUGUGCAGGAGUCUGAAGGAGUUGAGAUUUACCAGUGUUCAAAUCAGGGAGCCUCCUCACAACUGAGGAGGGGUUGUUCUUGUGUGUCUGUGCUCAUGCAUUCACCUGCAUGGUUCUCCUGCAUCCACGAAAAAGGCUGCAUGUCGUCACAAAGGGAUGCGAGGUUUGGGACGCGGCUGUGGUCACAGCAGGCCUCUCGGUGCCUGAUCAUCUUUUUUUGUAUUCUUCUAAACCAAAACACAGAAACUGCUCCUGCUCCUGUUUCUCAGAAUGUGUCGCCGGUUUAUGCAUGGGAUCCUGAACACAUGUCCUCUGUGACAUCUGUGGAACAGGAGUAGUUUUUUUCCCCCCUUCCACACACACACACACACACACGUGUGAUUCAUGUAACGGCAUGUGUCAACGUGACUCAAAAAUCUCACAACCAGGAAUGUCAGUCACCUGAUUUUUUUUUUAAUCCUUUGUAGCUGCUCUGCAAUAAAGUAUCAGCUUAAAAACAAAGAGUUGACUUAUAACGUAACACUGUGAGGCUGCACUUAACAUAAAAACAGGGUUGUGUGUCACCAAAAAGCAACGUUUGUCGCUCAGAGACUUUCAAAAAGAUUGCUGUACUUUGAGCGUUAUUGACCUGUCCCAUCACACCCUUGAAUCUGUCAUAUUUAAACUCAUAUCUUUAAUGAUUUAAGAUGUUGGAUCAGUCAUCAGUUAACACUUAAAUAACAACCUUUUAUGCUACAGUAAUUUACAUCUAAUCAAAUUAACAGGUGAGAAACAGACAUGUGUUCCUGGCUCUUUAAGUAUUUUUGAUCUGUGAAUGACUUGAUGAUUGUUUAAAGUGUUGUAGCCUCCAUUAUUUAUUGGUGGAAGACUUAAGCAAAAUCUUAAACUGACCCUAGUUUUAUAGGGCCAGAGACCGUACUGGAAGGGACGUCUUGGAUUAGAGUGCUCUGGGAGAAUCUUAUAGAUUAUUCAUCUUAUUACCAGCUUUUUGAUAUUUUUACGCUUGCUUGGGUUUAACGUGGGACUCUCUUUUUAUAAAACAAAAAAAAAAUGUGAUCUCGAAGCAAUCCGGUGAGGAACGAAGACAGUAUUUUGUGAAAGAAAGAAAGUGUGAGUGUGUGUAUUCAACACUCGGUACGCGUUUGACGUAAGGAUCACAACCAUAAAAAGUGAAAAACACCGAAUGCAAGUCAAACAAAUAUCACGUAGCGUUGCGAUGGUUAGUGUUUGAGCUGUUUUUUAACACUUCUCUCCCCUUUAGAAAACCACUAAAUGAAUAAUAAAUAUUCAUUACUGUAUACAUACAUUUUUAAAUUGGAUUUAAAACAAUAUCUUGACGAAUUUCUAGUCAAGAAGGUGCAGUGCAGUGUUGAAAACUUGAGUAUUUCCAUAAAACACUCGAUAAUUAUUAUUUUUGUGUCAUUUGUGAGAUACUGCUUCAAGAUUCAUUUGUGAUGUGUGUGAAAUGAUUUUUUUUUGUGCUUUAAUUUCUGAAGUUGAUCUGAUUUUAAGUCGAGAUUCUUACUGUCGAUUGUGGAUCCCACGCGCGCUCAAAUAACAGACGAUGGGAACGGAAGAAACCAAUGCUUUACCAAUAUCCAACCCUGAGUGUGUACAUUAACACAACUCGUUAUGAAGAACUGUGAAUAAUGACUAACAACAUAUGAUCAACACUCACAGAAGAUGAAUUCAUUUUAUACAGCAGUUGUUCCAUUUAGGAGCCUCUUGAUCCUCUUGAUUUGUUUAUGAAAUGCACCAUAAACACAGAUAAGGUUAUUGAUGGACUUUGGAUUCAGCUGUUGUUUGUCUGAUUAAAAAAUUGCACUUACAAAACAAACUGCAGCAUAAGAGGCUUUAAGUCUCUAUUAGAAAGUCAAAAACUCCUUGUUGUGUCUUCUCUGUUCGUCCUCAGCCUUCAUGUAGCUUUAUUUCCACCCUCUGCUGUCAAGUGUCUCCUUUGUUUCAGCAGCUUGAUGCAGCACAGGCAGACGUUCUUAGAAGAGCAAACUGCACCAGCGAUGGAAAGCUAAAAGACUUGAGGCUGAUUCAUAAGCUUAUUGUGAGGAUAAACAAAAAAAAAAUACUGAAACAAAUUCUGCGUGAUACAGCAAAUGUAACGUGAUGGGAAAUUUGACUGGUAAAGUUUAAUUUGACAUUUAUUUUCUGCCUCAGAUUGUCACAUUGUGGUUCUAGUCUAGUUCUGGGUGAGUGACAUAGUAAGAGCCUGGGUAUACAGUAGUUAAGUGAAUCUGUAAAUAUGAUAAAUCUUUUUUUUCCUCCAUGUACAACUCGACCACUGUCACUCUCCUGUAUAUUGAAAGUUGUAAAUGGUGUCAAUAACAAAUUUUCUUUUGUAAAAUAAUGAUGAUUUAAUAAGAGGUUUACGGUAACACUAUAUUUUCUUUUCCUUGUUUAAUUUCCGAUGUACAUGAAAGAUGUGUAAUAUAGAAAUUGUCACCUCAAUAAAUUAAAUAAAAAAAAAAAAA